AUGGAUGGGUAUGUGAGAUUGAACGUGGACAGACGUAACAUAAGAUUUGUUAAGUUCGAAGAUCAGAAUUACCAAAGGGUCACACCCUCGCAGAAUCAACCAGCUCAAACGACAGAAGACGAAAUAUCGAAAUACAGACCGUAUACGGAAACCUUGAAGCCAGAAAAAACAGAAGUUUAUCAAGAUGAUUACCAUCCAGAUUACCUUCCAGAAAGAACUCAGCAAGUUGUGGCUCCAAAACCAGUUCCCCAGAAGCAGAAAGAGAAGCCCACGGGGAAAAAGGUUCAAACGUGUACUUACCUGAAGGCUAAGGAGAAGAGGCUCGUGUCCUACGACAGGACAGAACCGGAGGAUGAUGAUGUGGUUAGACACAUCGUCAGGCUGAGAAGCAAGCUGGGUUGGCCGACAAAGUUACCGAGCUAUAAACUGGAUCACAGUGACGCCAGAACGGCCGUUCAGAAGAAGCGUCUAAAGAGAACUCUAGAAGAUGAUGGCGAAUUUGUUUAUUGCCUCGCUCGGAGACACCCUCACACCUCCUACAACCCAUACGACCUUCAGGUGGUCUCUGCCCACAGAGCAAGGCAUUCCAAGGAAUUCUGGACGGUGACUGCGUCCUUUGUCUCAAAGGUUACCAAAACGGGUGCCGUAGAGGAAGUAGAACUCUCACCUACGAUGGAAUGGCUGUUAGAGAGAAGAUGUUUCUAUUCGCUGCAAAAAUUCAAGGUCAUUUCCAAUUUUCGAUUGAAUAAGGCCUUUGUUUUUUGGAAGUUGACCGUUAAAAGAAUGAAGACGGACAGAAGCAGGUCCAGUCUGUGCUCCCACCUCUUUUGGGCGGAUGAGUUGUUCCAAAGCUACUUGCUCUACGUAAAGGGACUUUGCGAAGAUGCUUUUAAUCAAGGCUAUGGUGAAUGUGAAGACAAUCCGUUGGGCAUCUGCCUUGUAAAGCUGGACAGGUCUCGGACGUACUCUCUCGAUGAAUUCUGUGAGGAGCAGUUACAGCAAGCUUCCUGCACAUUCCAAAAACUUGGGGCUAUCCGGGGAAAAGCCAUCGCAGAGAUGAAAAUCAUGCUUUUAAAGGUGGCGGAAAAGGAAGAGAUCAGAGAGUAUUUUGAGUCGAGCUUCUCUAAAGAUGCCAGAUCCCAUCUGAAGCUGCCUGUGUAUCGACGUUUGUUAAAGAAAAUCUUGAGGUUUCUCACACUGGUGGACUACAUAUUUCAGGAGCUGGUCCGCCAGCUGAUGAACACGGCGGUCACAUUGCUUUUGGAAUUAUUUACUAGUUCUGCUAGAAUGCCACUUUCCGUGGAAAAGAAGAAUGAAGACCUAAUCAGAACAUACAAGGACACCAUUGCUCUUACUGGAAAGUUAACCAGCGAUCAUGAAGAAUUUGCUACUAUUUCAAACUUAUAUGCUACUUCUGUCCCAAAGUCGGACUUACAAGCAGAAGCUGAUAUUGAUAAGGUUAUGAAUUCCAUUAAGCUGGACAAGGACUUGACCAAAUGUGCCCCGGUGUUUGAGGUGCACCUGCACCUGAGAGUCCCUUCCGAGAGCGACUCCUCCAGAACCUCGAGCGGGAGCUCCCAGGGGUCGGACCGGGGCUCCGAGAGGUCCGGGCUGGACGAGGAGGGGUCCGGAACCGAGGUCGGCAGCAUCGUCAAACCCUCGAGCGACGAGCUCCUCCUGGUGCAGCCGAAGCCCGCGGCUUUCCACCUGGAGGAGCUGCUGUCAGAUAUAGAAGCCAUGGCUGACUUUGAUAGUAAAAGCGAGGAUGAUUCGUUUUUAGAAUUCCCUACCAAUCUCUUGAUUGCUCCCAACCGACUGGACUUUUCAGUAAAAAUUCAAAAUAUGCUGGCUGAUAUUGAAAAGUGCAUAACCCAAAUUAUUCCUCUUGUUCAAGAUCCCCGGCUGUCUGACUUUACCGAUUCGGAUUUAUCGAAUGCAGAGCAAAGCAGAACAGACUCCAAGAAGCAAGCCAGGUGGCCAGAUUGUCAGACCCUGUUUGAAAUGGACCCUGUCUACCAAAACAAUAUCGUGUGCCUGCUGGCCGUGCUCGGCCGCGCCAUGACCCUGGUGAGCGGCCACAGCCGCCGCUUCGUGAAGUACUGCACGAUGGCGGAGCGGGCGCAGGCCACGGGCGCCUGGCUGGCGGCGGCGUGGGAGCCCACGGCGGCCCAGUUCCGCACGGUGCUCGGCCGCUUCCUGGGCUACCUGUGCGACGUGGCGGGCAUGGCCACCGAGCGGCGCCUGGGCGUCUUCCUGGUGCGGAGCGCCGGCCUGCAGGCCGAGUGCCUGCCGCCGCUGGAGCGCGUGCUGCGGGCCAGCCGGGCCCUGCUGCACGCCGUGGUGGAGCGCAAGAACGGGCACCUGCUGGAGGUGGUCGAGUCGUCGCUGAAGAAGCUGGAGGGCCGCCCCGUGGAGAUAGAAGAAUUCGUGGAGCACUUCACCUUCCUGGACGCCAUCUCCUCCAGGAUAGCGCAGCUGGAGAAGGAGUACUCGGCGGCCGCCCAGCUGCACUCCGUGCUGGCUCACUACCAGGUCCGCGUCCCCGAAGAGCUGGCCGCCGUCUACAAGGUGCUCCUCACCCGGUUUGGGCAGCUCAAGGGCGCCGUGAAGCUGAGCAAAGCCAACAAGGACGCAACCGUCGCCAAGUUCAGGGACAACCUGGAGAUCUAUGUCACGGGGCUGCGGGGCGAAGCCAGCGAGCUGAAGGCCAAGAUUUGGACGCCCGUCCUGUUGCACAUGGGGACGCCCGUGUCCGUGGCGCUGGACAUGAUCCAGGGCUUCUCGCAGGAGGCCUCGAGCCUCGCCAACAAAGUCCGGAUCUGCGCCAACUACCAGGAGUCCUUCGGCGAGUCCCACUCCCACAUGCACCCCCUGAACGUGGAGGAGAUCACGCAGAUGGCGGCCGCCGAGAUCUCCGACAUCGACUACGAGCUGACGCUGCGGAAGGUGCUGUGGGAGGCGCAGGAGGAGUGGCGGGCCCUCUUCCAGGAGUGGAAGGCCAGCACCCUGCGCGACAUCGACAUCGAGUCGGUGCAGACGCACGUGUCCAAGUGGAUGAACCUCAUGUUCAUCCUGGAGAAAGGCCUCCCCCAGAGCAACCUGGUGGCCUACCUCAAGCAGUCGGUGACCAGCUUCAAGCAGGAGCUUCCCGUCAUCAGUGCCCUGGGAAACCCCUGCCUCAAGCCCCGGCACUGGGAGGCAUUCCAGGAGAUCAUUGGGAAGUCCGUCCUUCUGGACAAGAACUGCACCAUCGAGAACCUUCUGGCGCUCAAGAUGUUCCAGUACGAGAGCGAGAUCAACGAGAUCGCCUCCGCGGCGAUGCACGAGGCCGCCCUGGAGAAGAUGCUGUUUAAGAUCAUCGACCUCUGGAGGACCACGCCGCUGCAUUUGGUCCCUCACCUCACGGAGACCGACUCGAUCCUCGUCAUCUCGUCCCUGGACGACCUGCUGGCGCAGCUGGAGGAGUCGCAGGCCAUGCUGGCCACCGUGAAGGGGUCCUCGUACAGCGAGCCCGUCAAGGGCCUUGUGGAUAAAUGGGAUGCGAACUUGACCCUCUUCUCGGACACCCUGGAGGAGUGGGUCAACUGCCAGCGGUCUUGGCUCUCCCUGGAGCCAGUCUUCAGUUCUUUGGAGGUAAAAAGGCAGCUUCCCAAGGAAUCUGAGCUCUUCAAUCAGGUGAUCGCCAGGUGGAAGGAGAUCAUGUCAAAGAUCCAGAACAAGCUGGACGCGCUGGGCGUCGCCACGUCCACGGGCAUGCUGGAGAUCCUUAAGAACUGCAAUGCCUCCCUCGAACACAUCAAGAAGGGCCUCGAGGACUACCUCGAUAUCAAAAGGAUGAUUUUCCCGAGGUUUUACUUCCUGAGCAACGAGGAGCUUCUCGCCAUUCUGGCCGGGAACAGCAACCCCGAGUCUGUGCAGCCUCACCUCGGGAAAUGCUUUGAGAACAUCAAGCACCUGGUGAUCUGGAAGCAGGAGAUCGGCCCUCCCACCGUGAUGAUGCUCAUCUCCGAGGAAGGGGAGGCGCUGGUGCUGCCCAAGAAAAUUCGUGUGAGAAAUGCUGUAGAACAGUGGCUGGAAAAUGUAGAGAAGAGCAUGUUUGAUGUGCUGAAAAAAUUUGUGAGGGAAGGCAUUGAAGACUGGAGCCACCAGCCGUUCUCCAUGUGGGUGGUGUCCCACCCCGGACAGGUGGUGCUCACCGUGAGCCAGAUCAUAUUUUACAACGAUUGCACCAGAAGCUUCGCGAGCUCUCAGCCGAGAGAAGAGCUGGAGGAAGUCCACGCCAGUCUGGUCCGGCACCUGGGGCAGAUCUCAGAGCUGGUGGUGCUGGACACGAGCAACGCUCGGACGAAAGCUGUGCUGGGGGCGCUGAUCACCCUCUACGUCCACUGCAAAGACAUCGUGCAGGAUUUACUGAAUAAAAGCGUCUUCAGCGAGGAGGAUUUUGAGUGGACAAGGCACCUGCAGUACAGGUGGAACGAGAAGCAGAUGCUGUGCUACGUGUUCCAGGGCGAGGCCCGGUUCGCCUACGGCUACGAGUACCUGGGCUGCACGCCGCGGCUGGUCGUCACGCCGCUCACCACCCGCUGCUGGCUCACGCUCACCGGGGCGCUGCACCUGCACCUGGGCGGCUGCCCCUCGGGGCCCGCGGGCACGGGCAAGACCGAGAGCAUCAAGAACCUGGCCAGGUCCUUAGGUAAACACUGCGUGGUCUUCAACUGCUUUGAGGAUCUGGAUUAUAAGAUAAUGGGGAAAUUCUUCUUGGGACUAGUCCAGUCGGGAGCGUGGUUUUGCUUCGAUGAAUUCAAUCAGAUCGACGUGGAAAUCCACUCAGUGAUUGGCUCCCUGAUCCAAACCAUUAAGGCGGCCAAAGACAGCUACUCCGUCAGGUUUGUCCUGGAAGGGAAAAAAGUCCGCAUCAACCUGUCCUGUGCGGUGUUCAUCACCAUGAACUUCGGGCACAAGGGCCACGUCGACCUCCCCAACACGCUGAAGUCCCUCUUCCGGCCGGUAGCCAUGGUGGUGCCCCACUCCCACAUGAUCGCCGAGACCAGCCUGCUGGCCGUCGGCUUCCAGGCGGCAAAGUCGCUCUCCAGGAAGCUGGUGACCCUGUACCAGCUGGCCAGCAAGCAGCUCUCCCAGCAGGAUCACUAUAACUUUGGCCUGAGGUCUCUGAAGACAAUUAUAAUAAUUGCGGGAAAGAAGAAGCAGAAGUUUAAAAGCGACACCAGGGAGAGCCUCUCCGAGGCCGAGGAGACGCUGAUCAUCAUCGAGGCCGUGCGAGAGGCCAGCCUGCCCAAGUGCACGGCCAACGACGUCCUCCCCUUCGAGAGCAUCAUCAGCGACACGUUCCCUGGAGCCACCGUGCCCAAGGCCAGCCAGGCGGCCCUGGAGAAAGUGGUCUUGAUUGCAACACAGCUGUUGGGCUUACAGCAAUGGCCAGCUCAGAAAGAGAAAAUCAUACAGUUCCACAACCAACUGCAGGCUUGUGUUGGUGUGAUGCUAGUGGGCCCCACAGGUGGAGGAAAGACGACCGUGAGGAGAAUUUUAGAGAGAGCAUUGAUGCUUUUACCGAUCCAAGAGUUAGUAUCCACUGAAACAAGAAUCUCUAUUUCACAGAUUCCAGGAAGAAAGGGAAAAGUGGACACUUGUGUUUUAAAUCCAAAGUGUAUCACCAUUGGGGAGCUAUUUGGACAGCUGGAUCCUAACACCAUGGAAUGGAGCGAUGGGUUAUUGUCAGCAACCAUUCGGAACUAUGUCUAUUCCAACAGUUUGAAACCUUCCAAGAAAGACGGUGAUCUCCCGCUAAAGUCAAGAAUCUCCGAUGUAUCUAACGUUUUCCAGCUCCACGCCGCUGCUAUCGCAGACGUGGACGCCACCAGGUUUAAGAAAGAGAUGGAGAAGGAGGUUCCAGUUACCGAAAGCGAGAAGUUCGACUGGCAGUGGGUUGUCCUGGACGGUCCCGUGGACGCCUUUUGGGUGGAGAGCCUGAACUCAAUGCUGGACAACACAAGGAUGCUGUGCCUCGCCAACAGCGAGAGGAUCGCCCUGACGAAUAAGAUCAGGGUGAUCUUUGAAGUGGACAGCCUUGCCCACGCCAGUCCUGCCACUGUCAGCCGGUGUGCGAUGGUUUAUAUGGACCCUGUUGAUCUGGGAUGGGAGCCUUACGUUACGUCAUGGCUCGCGAAAACGUCUAAAAUUAUGAGCCCAUCAGGAGUGGAAUGUCUUGAGUUCUUGAUUAAUAACAGUGUCAAAGAUGGACUGCAGUUUAUAAAGAACCAUCAGAAAUUUCAGCCAUUUCCUGUCCAGAACAUCACCAUCGUUACAACGCUCUGCAGAAUUCUUGACGCCUUCUUUGAAUUCAUGAGCAAAAAUGGAGGCUUUGGACAAGGUGAAGAUGUGAAGGCGGUUUCAUCUAAGAGAAGUUCUCUGCAUUUAAAAGUUCCUGUCAAGUUCAAGAACGUGGACAAGAGUAAUGAAAGUCCGUGGUAUCUGGAGAAAUAUCCCGACAAGUUAACGACGAUGAUUCAGAAGCUUUUCGUGUUUGCAUUUACCUGGGCAUUUGGAGGCACUUUGAAACGUGAAGAUGAGCAUGAAGAUGAUAUGCUCAUGUACCCAAAUUUUGAACCUGCUUCUCUUGCGAAAGUCACCUAUGAUUUUGACAAUCUUGUCCACGAAUUAUUUGAAAGACCAGAAAUAGGCCUUACCCUCCCAACUGGCGAGACGUCCAUCUUUGGGUAUUUCGUGGAUCUGCAGCAAUGCGAGUUCAUUCGGUGGUCAGAAUUGCUUCCGAAUGUUCAGACACUGAUUCAGAGAGGGACGUCCAGACUGGUGGACCCGCAGGGCCACGGCGAGAGCAUCCUGAAGAUCACGGAAUUCGGGGAGAGCGUGAAUCACACCGCCACCCGAGACACCUCGUGCCUGACCUUCCUCGCCAGCCUCCUCUUGAAGAACUUCUGCCCUGUCCUUCUCACAGGAGAGUUUGGUGUUGGAAAAACCAGUGCCAUCAGUCGGAUGCUUACAAAGCUAGAGAGCUCAGGAGGAUUCCAUGUGAAACCAGGGUCAAUUUUAGGAGAAGUCCUAUUAUAUAACGAGAUUAAAAAGUCAAGCCUGAGGCAGAACAUCAGUGCCCUGCUCUCCGAUUCCCACAAGACGGAGGCCGGGAGCCAAGAUACGAUUGCCAAGACGCCGGAGAAGGUGGACGAAGGCUCGUUUAAAAACAACCUCAGAGGCGUCAUCACCUCCACCAUCAACUUCGGCGUCAGGACGACGGCCGCCAGGACCAGGGAGCUGGUCCUGAAGAAGUUAAGACGGAGAAACAAGGACACGCUCGGAGCCCCCAAAAACAACAAGAUUGUAGUAUUCAUUGAUGACCUGAAUAUGCCAGAAGCGGAUAAGUACGGGGCACAGCCACCCCUGGAAUUAAUCAGACAAUUGCUGGAGCUGGGAGGAGUUUAUGACACUGAAAAAAUUGCGUGGAAGAGCAUCCAGGACCUCUCGCUGGUGGCGGCCUGCAUCCCCCCGGCGGGCCGGGGCGACGUCAGCCCGCGGGUCCUCAGGCACUUCGCCGUCCUGGUGCUGCCCCAUCCUCCGCAGAGCGCCCUGCUCACCAUCUUCCAGGUUCAUCUGGGAAUGUACUUCUCCAUCCAUAACUUCAUGCCUGACGUCCAGAGGAACAAGGACCAGCUCAUCUCUUGCUCUCUCGCCAUCUACUACCAAGUGUGCCAGAACAUGCUGACCACGCCGUCCAAGUGUCACUACAUGUUUAAUCUCCGGGACAUCUUCAAGCUCCUCCUGGGGCUGCUGCAGGCCGACAAGGCCGUCGUCGACUCCAAGGAGAUGGCCGCCCUGUUCUUCGCCCACGAGGCCGCGCGGGUGUUCCACGACCGCCUCAUCGAGCCCGCGGAGCGGGAGCUGUUCUACCAGCUCCUCGCCAGGGAGCUGGAGAGCCACUUCCAGGUGCAGUGGACCAAGGAGUCCAUGAUGAGCGACUCCACCGUGUUCGUGGACUUCCUGCGGGUCAACAAGACGCUGCGGAAGAAGCUGUACCAGAACACCAACGACUUCGCCAAGCUGGCCCGCGUGCUCGGCGCCUUCCAGGCCCGGAUCCGGGCCACCUCGGAGAUCUCCCACUCGCUGGUGUUCUUCAAGGAAGCCAUAGAGCACAUUGUGCGGGCUGCGCGGGUCCUCCGCCAGUCAGGGACCCACAUGCUACUGAUCGGCAUCGACGGCUGUGGGAAAGAGACGUGCACGACCUUGGCCUGCCACCUGACGGACCACAAGCUCUACCACGUGCCCGUGUCCCACAGCUACACCUCCAUGGAGUUCAAGGAGGACUGCAAGAAGGUGUUUGUCCAGGCCGGACUGGAAGGGACGCCCACCGCACUGCUGAUGGUUAACUUAAGCCUCGACCAGGAGGCGCUGCUGGAGGACCUGAACAGCAUCGUCAACCUGGGCGAAGUCCCCGAUGUCUUUGAGAAGGACGAGCUGGACGCCCUGGCCCUGCGGAUCCGCUCACUGGCCGAGCAGACGGGCUACGCGGACACCCGGCAGGCCGUGCUGUCCUUCUUCCAGAAGAGGAUACGGAGGAGCCUGCACAUCUUCAUGAUCGUGAGCCCCGCGGGGCCCCAGUUCCGCCGGUUCUGCCGCGUGUACGCCUCCAUGAUCAGCUCCUGCACCAUCGACUGGUACGAGCGGUGGCCGGAGGAGGCGCUGCUGCUGGUCGCCAACUCUUUCCUGAGGAAAAACGUGGAUUUAGAGAACAGAGAGAACUUGAAGGAAAGACUUGCCCCCUUGUGUGUCCAAAUCCACCGGAGUGUGAAAGACUUGAGCACAAAAUACUUCCAGGAAACCAGGAGGCGCUAUUUUGUCACUCCCCGGAGCUACCUGCGAUUCAUGGACACCUUCGGGCACAUGCUGAGGUCCCGCGAGAAGGAACUGCAAACCAAGAGGGAUCGCUUCUACAUGGGUCUGUCCAAGAUCCUGGAGGCCACGGCUCUGGUCAAGGACAUGCAGGAGGAGCUCCUGGUCCUCAGCCCUCAGAUAGAACAGAAGACCAAGGAAAAAGAAAUGUUAAUGGAAAAACUACAGAAGGAUUCACAAGUGGUUGAGAAAGUCCAGAUGCUCGUGAAGCAGGAUGAGGAAAUCAUGGAAGAGGAAGUGAGGAUUGUGGAAGAGCAUGCUCAUACAACAGCCCACGAACUGAAGAGCGUGAUGCCGGCUCUGGACAAGGCCGUCCUGGCUCUCAACACCCUGGACAAGACCGACAUCUCUGAGCUGAGGGUGUACGCGCGCCCCCCGUACCUGGUCCUCACGGUCAUGAACGCGGUGUGCACCCUCCUGCAGAAGAAGCCCAACUGGGCCACGGCCAAGCUGCUGCUGUCGGAGACCGGCUUCCUGAAGAAGCUGGUGCAGCUCGACAAGGACCGGCUGCCCGAGAAGGUCUUCGUGAAGCUGAAAAAAUUCCUGGUCUUGCCCGACUUCAACCCCAAAAAGAUCGCCCUCGUGUCGCUGGCCUGCUGCUCCAUGUGCGAGUGGAUCAUCGCGCUCAGCAACUACCACGACGUGAAGAAGGUGGUGGGCCCCAAGCAGGUCCAGGUGGCUGAGGCCCAGAACAUUCUGAGAAUCGCGCGGCAGAGGCUGGCGGAAAAGCAGAGAGGUUUGCAGCUGGUUGAAGACCAUCUGCAGUUUUUGCAGGCGGCCUACAGAGACAUCGUUGCCGAGAAAGACGUGCUGGCAGCUCGAAGACAGCUGGCCACCAGGCGCAUGUACUGUGCGUCCGUGUUGCUCACCGCCCUGGGCGACGAGAAGAUCCGAUGGCAGGAAACGAUCGAUCAGAUAGACAGCAAGCUGGAGGGCAUUGUGGGGGACAUGCUGAUGUCGGCCGCGUGCAUCGUCUACAGCGGGGUGCUGACUCCGGAGUUCCGCCAGCUGAUCGUGAACGAAUGGGAGAAACUGUGCGCCAAAAGCAGCAUUUCUCUGUCUUCCAAGUUUUCUUUAAUCGAGGUCAUGGCACAAACCCAGCAGAUCCGCCGCUGGCACCAGCAGGGCCUGCCUCUCGGCAGGUAUCUAACGGAAAACGCCGUCCUGAUCCAGAACGGCCUGUCGUGGCCUCUGCUGAUUGACCCCUACAGGCAAGCGUACGGCUGGAUCCGCCAGAUGGAGGGGCCGGGCCUGCAGGAGUUCUCCUUCAGGGACAGCGGCUACAUCAAGAAAAUCGAAAACGCCAUCAAGACGGGAGGGAGCGUCCUCCUGCAGAACCUGCCUGAAACCUUGUCUCCAAGUCUGAAGGCGAUUUUGAAGAAGGACAUCUAUCAGCGGAGAGGACAGUCUUUCAUCCGCGUCAGCGAUUAUGACAUUGAAUACAACUCCAAGUUCAGGCUGUACAUAUCCACAGAGAUAGACAACCCCGACUUCCCUCCCACCGUCUACAACUUCGUCAACGUCAUCAACUUCACGGUCACCUUCCAAGGCCUGCAGGAUCAGCUCUUGUCCACCAUCGUCACCCACGAGGUGCCUCACCUGGAAAACCAGCGCUUCCAGCUGCUGGAGAGCAUCUCCCUGGACGCCACGACUCUGGAGGAGCUGGAGGAGAAGACGCUCAACCUGCUGGAGAACACACAAGGGUGUGUGCUGGAUAACGAGGAGAUCAUAGACACCCUGAGAAAAUCCAAGAUCACCUCCAACGAGAUCUCCCAGCGCAUCAGCGAGACGGAGAAGGCGGAGAGCGAGAUCCAGGCAAACCGGGAGAGCUACCUCCCGGUCGCCACCCGCGGCGCCCUACUCUACUUCGUGGUGGCCAGCCUCCCCCGGGUCAACCACCUGUACCAGUUCUCCCUGGACUGGUUCCGCCAGGUCUUCCUCUCCUCGGCGGUCUCCAGGGGCAAGGAGCAGGAGGAGCCCGGGUCCAGGGAGCACGCAAGCCCCUCCAGGGAGCACGUCAGCCCCUCCCGGGAGCACAAGCUCAAGCUGGAGAGGCGCCCCCUGGAGAGGCGCCUGCGGGGCGCGGUGGACGCGCUGACCACGAGCGUAUUUAAGGUGGUGACCGCGGCCCUCUUCAACAAGCACAAGCUCUGCUUCUCCUUCCUGCUCUGCACCGCCAUCAUGAAGCACAGCGCCCGCGACAGCCACCCCGUGGACGCCAUCGGCUCCCUCCCCGGGGAGGAGUGGACCAUCUUCCUCUACUCGAGCACCCUGGCCAACACCGAGGGCGUCAUGCCCAUGCCCCGACUCAACAGCCUGUACGAGACGUGCAGGAGGCGGCACCUGCAGUGGGUCUCCCACCCGCGGUGGAAGCAGUGCCUGUACCUCAGCGGGCGGCUGGAAGCCUUCUCUCUCCUGUGCCGGUCCCUGCUGUCCAACGUGGCUCAGUGGAGCGCGUUCCAAGACAGCCAGGCGCUGUACGUCCUGCUGGCCACGCCUUUCUACCCCGAGCCGGAGGACAGCGAGAGGUCCCCGGAGGAAACUGAAUUUCUGAAUGAACACGAAGAGUUACGGAGUCCCGUCAAUUUUCCCUGGGAGAAACUCACCCCAUUUCAAAGGCUCAUUCUGAUAAAAGUCCUCAGGCCGGAGCGUCUGAAGAACUCGGUGAGGAAGUUUGUCACUGAGAAGAUAGGAAGCAAAUACAUCCACAGAACCGGAAUCAACCUGAGGGAGUCCUACAAGGACUCCUGCGCCUGCGCCCCGGUGAUGCUGAUCCACGCGCGAGGGGUGGACGUCACCAACACGCUCCUGAAGUUCGCCCAGGACUCCAGAGGAACCACGGAGCACGUGACCAUGCUGUCGCUGGGCCAGGGCCGGGCGGCCAAAGCCGAGGCCCUCGUCGCCGAGGCCCUCGCCAAAGACGGGCAGUGGGUCUUCCUGCAGAACUGUCACCUCGCCGCCUCCUUCAUGCCCCGGCUGUGCACCAUCGUGGACUCACUUAACGACCCAGCUGUGACCAGAGACCCUGAGUUUCGGCUGUGGUUAAGCUCAGAAUCAGACAGUUCUUUACCAGUCCCCCUUCUUCAGAAGAGCUUGAAGGUCGCCGUGGAGAAGCCCAUGGGGCUGAAGAGCAGCCUGCUGAAGGCGCUGGGCCAGGACGGCAGCGGCGAGGUGACGGAGGAGGGCUUCGAGCGCACCGACUGUGGGCCCUGCUGGAAGAAGCUGCUCUUCAGCCUGUGCUUCUUCCACGCCCUCAUCAGCGAGAGGAGGAAGUACGGCGUCCUGGGCUGGAACGUCGACUACGAGUUCAGUCCGUCCGACUUCGAGGUGGCGGUGAGGGUGCUGGAGAGCGCGCUGAGCGGCCAGCAGGCCGUGCCGUGGCCCAAGCUGCGCUACCUGCUGGGGGAGGUGGUGUACGGCGGCCAGGUGACCGACCCCUGGGACCAGCGCUGCCUGCGCACUCUGCUGCUGCGCUUCUGCAACGCCGACGUGCUGCGGCCCGGCUUCAGCUGCCUCGGCGCCGAGGUGAGGCUGUGCCUGCCGGAGCCGGCCAGCCUGCGGGCCUACCGCCGCGCGGUGCAGGCGCUGCCGGACGACGAGCCGGCCGAGCUGCUGGGGCUGCACCCCGAGGCCGCGCGGGGCUGCCGGCAGGCGCAGGCGCAGGCCUUCCUGGACCACCUGGUGGCGCUGCAGGCCAAGGCCGCCCCGCCCAGCCUCACCGUCAGCCGGGAGCCCAGCAGUGACGAGCUGGUGCUGGAGACGCUGGCGGACGUGCAGAAGCGGCUGCCGCUGACGGUGGAGAAGGAGGAGGUCUCUGGCGCACAGAACACCCUGCGCAGCAUCAUGGCGGGCACCGUGUGGGACGCGCUGCACACCAGCCUGCCAGGCUACGACCCCAUCACCCACUGCGUCCUGCUGACCUUCCUGAAGCAAGAAAUCGAACUCUUCAACCAGCUGCUGCUCGUCAUACACGAGUCCCUGAGGGACCUCCGGCUGGCCAUCAAGGGGGAGAUCGUGCUGGGGCAGGAGCUGGAGGAGACGUACAACGCCUUCCUCACGGGGCGCGUCCCCGAGCUGUGGCAGAAACACGCCUACAGGUCCUGCAAGCCCCUGGCCUCCUGGGUCAACAACCUCAUCCAGCGGCUGAACUUCUUCAACACCUGGGCCAAGAUGGCCUACACCACCAUCUACCGCCGGUACAUGCGGUUCAUCUUGGCUGGGAAGCAGCCCGACUCCACACACCCGACGGAGGAGAAGAGCAGCCACUUGGAAGGGUUUCCUGCAAGAUACUGGCUCCCCGCUUUCUUCUUCCCACAAGCCUUCCUCAUGGCUGUGCUGCAGGACUACGGACGGGCCCACGGGAUCUCCACCGACGGCCUCACCUUCACCCACCAGGUGAUCCCCGACACCACGGGCACCAAGGAGGAGGAGUUCUCCAUCAUGAUCCAGAGGAAGCUCAACCUCGUCAGGAGAGCCUUCAAGGGCACCGGCUCCACGCACACCGGGGCGCACGUCUUUGGAUUGUUCAUCGAGGGGGCAAGGUGGAAUCACGAAGCGAAAAUCCUGGAAGACUCGCUGCCUCGCGAGAUCUGCUGCGAGUUCCCGGAAAUCUACUUCUUGCCAACCAAGGUUCCCCCGGAGACGCCGGACGCCCCCGAGCUGCCCAGGCAGCCGGAGGCCGGGACGUUCGAGUGCCCGCUGUACCAGACACCGCAGAGGUGCUCCGCGCCCGGCGCCGGCGCCCCCUCCAACUUCCUGACCGCCGUGUGCCUGCCCACACGGAGGCCGCCCGGCCACUGGAUCGCCAUGCAGGUCGCCUUGCUGUGUGAGAAGAGUGAGUAAUA